AUGAUCGGGUCGAACAGGUGGACCGAGCUUCAGGAGGUCGCCGGUAGCGCUUCUGCGGUGCCCCUCCUCCAGAGCAUUGUCAAUGCCACACCGGAUGGAGCGGUGCAACCGGAACUGUUCCAAGCCCUCUUCCCGUUCGAGCUGGACCCCUUCCAGACGGAGGCCUUGAGGGGCCUCGCAGGCAGGAACAACGUCAUCGUGUCGGCCCCCACGGGCAGCGGGAAGACGGUAGUGGGGGAGCUGGCCGUGGUUUUCUACACGACCCCUCUGAAGGCUUUAUCCAACCAGAAGUUUCAGGACUUCAGGAGGCAGUUCGGGGAGGACAAAGUCGGUCUGCUCACGGGUGACAGCAGCUUCAAUCGCGACGCACAGGUGGCGGUGAUGACGACCGAGGUGUUCCGCAACAUGCUGUACGACAGCGAGGAGACGGGGGACCUGGACGACGUGUUCGCCGUCGUCUUCGACGAGUUCCACUACAUGAACGACCGGGACAGGGGCACGGUGUGGGAGGAGUCGGUGAUCAACUGUCCCAAGACGGUGCUGAUGGUGGCGCUCUCGGCGACGAUGAGCAACGUCGGCGAGAUCAGGGACUGGGUGGAGCACACGCACGGGCCGUCUUCCCUUGUCGUCAGCGACUUCCGCCCGGUGCCGCUCUCGUACUGGUUCGCCAUGAAGGACGGCCUGUACAACCUUUUCCGCGACCCGGACUCCGGUCCCGGUGCUCCUAACGGGGGCAGGAGGAAGGGGGAAGGCUCCGGGGAGGAUGACCCGCUGGCUGAACUCGGUGGGGGGGGCUUCGGCGCGAAGCCGGUGCCCAAGCGCUUACGAAGGAGGCGGAGUCGUCUCCCCAACAGGUUGCGAAUCAACGUGGAACUGCUAGAGUCCCACGAAAACGACCUCUUGGCGGCGAAACGAUACUCGCAGCGAAACGACGAUGGCAGAGGGGGCUCCGACAGAUCAUCCAAGUACGGACGGGGCGGCGGUGGCGACGGCAGCCGCGGGUACAGGUACGCGCGCCCCGGGUCGAUAUGCUGCUCUGUUGUUUCCACCACAGUGGUGUCGGACCACUCUUUCUUCUACUUCGAGAGAACCAUCUUGGAAAUGGCGUCGAGCGAGAUUGAAUCGAAGGCGAAUGAGAGUGCACGUGCUGAUAUCGCGAAGACUUGGUGCAACGUCCCACCCGAGUGCGUGCUCUAA